AUGUACACAAAUUAAUAGCAAUAGCAAACGUCAUUGCUUCUUGAGGAAUCACUUAGGAAGACAGCAACUACCAAGGGAUCAGUAGAACUAGGGGAAUUCUAUGAUCUAGCUUAGAUAGACUGGACCUGGCCAAGAUAAAAAAUCAUUGAUGAGGUCUUUAAGGAGUUGAAAACAAUGGGAUUCUUCUUAAUUACCAAUGUGCCUGGAUACGAUGAGAGUGAUUUGCUACAUUGGGGUAAAUGGUUCUGCAGUCUUUCAGAGGAAGAAAAGAAAAAGUUACACAAGAGAGUAUGGAAUUCCGAAAACAAGAAUAUCUACAGAGGACUUGCUCCCUUCAUUGACAAUGAUCCAUCUCAUGUUGAAAUUUUUGACAUGGGACUUCCUUACGAUCAAGUGACUGAAGAGGAAAAAGAGUAUUCAUUACAUGAAGAGACACCAUGGCCAGUUGAACCUGAGGAAAGCAAACAAUUCAGAGAGUAUAUGGAAGGUCACUACAAUCUAAGGGUAAGUGUAGCAUCUGAAUUGGUAGGCAUGAUUGCUGAGGGUUUAGGAAAGCCUGCUGGUUUCUUCGAUUAAUGGUACAGCCAUGAUACUCUAAUUACAAUUGCUUAACAUACUGAUUCAGGCUUCGUUACCUUGCUCUCCACUUUAGGCUAUCCAGGUCUCUAAGUCUUGGUGAAUGAUGAAUUCAGAUCAGUUAGACCAGUCAAGCACGCUUUUGUCAUCAAUAUUGGAGAUAUGCUAUCAAGAAUAACUAAUUACAUCUUAAAAGCUACUCUCCAUAGAGUGAUUGAUAUAGGAGAUGAUAGAUAUUCUAGUCCCUUCUUCUUUGAGCCUCACUAUGCUGCAAAGAUACCCUCAACUAUUAUGGACAAAGAGAGUUUGAGUGUUAUUGAAAAUGAUGCCAAUAAGGCAAGGGAUGCUGAUGAGGUCGAGAAAUAAUAUGAAGAGAUGCUUUACGGUGAUUAUCUCAUUGACAAAAUUACUGGCUAUUGUUUGGCAUAUUAAGGCCUUUGGAAAGGAAAGCGAUCAGAUAUGCUAAAAAAGUAGCUAGUAGAGUAGGAGUAAUGA